UCUUCUGCAGCUUUAGCUGAUUUUAGUGACAGGAGUGCGAACAUGUCGGGACAUGCCCGUGUGUCCCAGCGCGCCGCACACUGUAGCGCACCGGGCAAACGUGCCAGUCACCUUCAACCGCAAGCGAAACUGGACCGAAUCUGCCCAAAGCCACAGGAGACGAUUACUUUAAUGGGACAGUUGCUGAGAUUAGUCCCUGCUGCAAUAAAUGGAAUGGAUUGCUCGAUGGACGAAUAUAACAACGGUGGACAGUGUCACAAGUGCCCACAAUGUCCACCUGGCCAAGAACUGAAAGAGGACUGUGGUUAUGGUGUAGGAGUGUCAGCAGUGUGUGGCGUAUGCGAAGUUCGGUGGUUUAAGGAAGUCUGGGGUUCUCACCCUUGUGCACUGUGCCAGAACUGCCGCAGACUCAACAGACACCAAAUCAAGCACUGCACACACACAGACAAUGCAGUGUGUGGAAACUGCCUCACUGGUUUCUACAGCAAAAUGCGACUGGAUGGACAAGAAGAUUUGGAAUGCCUUCCAUGUGGCCCUGCACCCUUCAGAAACAUACAGUGUAGCCGUGAAGCGGGGACUGGUGUUGCAAAAGCCCAAACCUCAGCACCUCCCAUCCAAAAUGUAUCAUCCAUGGUGACCGCUUGUGCAGCAACGGCUAUAUUAACAACCGUCCUAUUUACAAUUGUGUGUGUCACCUACCAGACACGGUCUUCACUCAGGAAAACAUGCAAACGUUGUUUAUCACCAGUCAGUAACGGUCACUGUGACAGUGAUGCAGCUUCGGUUCCAAUGACAACCCUGCACAAAGUGAUGCAGGACGCAGAAGUAGACACAUCAAAUCCUUGCCUGCUAUUGAAGCACCCCUGCACGCUUAAUGACAUCACCACCAUGAUGACCACUGAUCUUGGCAUGCAUAGGUGUGAGGUUCUUCCUCUGAUGCAAAGCUCGGCCUGCACAGAUCCUGCAAAGGGAGUCAUCAUGCAGGCAACAGAAACACCUGAAGUUUCUUCUACAGACUCGUCCCUCUCCAGCCAGCAUGUCAUUCUCACUCUGGUAGGAGGACAGUCUGCAGUGAGGCCCUGCUGUGCCGUAGAGCAGCGAACAGCCUGGGGGCUUCAUGCUCCUGUAGAGUGCACUGAACUGGACCUUCAGUAUCUCUCCAACACCCCGGAGCUCCAGACAUUCAGACAUUCAGACUUCAUAGCCAGAAAUAUCUCACAGUGCCCUCAGGCCUGAUUCUGCAGGACCUGGAGAGGAGAGAACGAGAAGAGAAAGUGGGAAAGGAGAUUGUUAACGUGAAGAGAGAUCACAGCUGCAAACGUACAAUUAUGGUAAUGAGACACUUAAAGAAUCAACAUUCCACUCAAUACAUAUAUAUAUCAUGUGAAGUUCAUUGAAAUAAGUGUGCUACUGUGGUUGUCUGAUGUUUCUGCAAUGUGAGAAACAAGUGCUUAUUAGCACAAAAUGGACAUUAACUGGAGAAAGGCAGAGAAAAAAAGAUCUUCAUUUGCCUAAAAAGUAGCAAUUAACAGAAGUAACAACCAAUGUUUUCUUCAGUAUUUGAAUGUCCGUCUGAGUGAACUGGAUUAUCAGAGAAGUAAAAAAAAUGUAAAGUGGGACUUAGUUCUAUCCAUUGGUUCUUGAUUGCUUGUAGAUCAUUCACAAGAAGAUUAGUAACAUAUAUUCAGAUUCUGAAUUAACAUUUAAAGUUUAGAAUCCACAAAAAUAAUUAAGCAGAACAACUGAUUUCAACUUUGAUAAUAAGACAUUUUUCUUAAACACCAAAUGAGCAUACUAAGUUGGUUUCUGAAGGAUCAUGUGACACUGACAUUUUAGUUUUGCCAUCACAGGAAUAAAUUAAAUAUUAAAAUAUAAUAUUUUUUAAUUACAAUGAUAUCUCACAGUUACAAUUUUUACUGUAUUUCUAUCAAAUAAAUGCUGACCUUAGUGAGCAUAAAAUACCGCUUUCCAAAAAAUGUAAAACUCAAACCACCAGUGUGCAGCGUCCACCUGAAUGAUGCGAUGGCAGCCAUAGUGCGCCAGAACCUCACCAAACAUCAGCUUAUUGGUGGAGAGGAUACAGAGCGAUGAUGGUUAGAGGCCAGUGGGCAAAAUUGGCCAGGAUGCUGAGGUCACACCUUUAUUCUUUUCAAAUAACAUCCUGGGAUUUUUUAUGACCACACUGAGUAAGGACCUCGCUGUAACAUCUCUGAAGGAUGUAUAUAAGAACUAUACUAGACCUGUUACAAAAGCCAUAACUGGAGUUUAUGGAGACUUGAUGGAGACUAUGCUUGAUUUUGCUAAUCACUGGAUUUAUAACUAACUACUUUUACCAUUACUGAUGACAGCCUCUAAUUUGCUAUUUACUUUGCUUAAACUUUUUGGAGUUUUGGACUGAACAGUGGUAUGCUGCCAGGCAAAACAAACUGACUUAUGGCUAUACAGUAUGCCUAAACUUAUGCCUAAGCUGAUUGGUUAGAAGGCUCAGUGUGUUUGUGAUUAGCUAACCGCCUAGUACACAUUGUCCGGAAACGUCAUGCCCCCUUCCCAUUAGGGGUAGUUGCGUGUUUCCGGGGGUGGGGUUUAUGUAAAAAUCGGGGUUAGUGAUGUCACAAACCCAGGAAGAAGCUCGUUGUAGUCCCUACAAGCCGUUUUUUGUAGUCCAUAAACAGCAAAAUAUCUCCCUUUGCAUUUAACUCCAAGCGUCGUAACUUUGCAGACAUUGUUUUUGCUCUAACAGCAACAUUACACACUAACUAAAGUUCAAAAAAGGAAAUCAUAAUCACCCCUUUAAAUUUAACUAACAGCAUGUGUAAAAACAAAUAUGCUGGGGGAAGGGAAUUCUGGCUAUCAAAGGUUGUUGUGUGAACCCGCCUUGCUUAAGAAUAAUUAUCCUAAUCCUUAAAGCUUCAGGUCUUCGAUGUGGUUUAGCAAAAUUAACUAUCAAAAAUGGAACAUGCAACAACGUGGUUUUGCGAUAUUGCCUUGAUAAAGAUUGACAUUAUUGUGUCCCUUACAUUCCACUUAA